UGCAGGCAAGAACAGCCGACGCCGAUUGGGCGUAGGGGGACCCCGAGCGGGAGGGAGGGACACAAAAGCGGGCGGGGAAGGACGAGAGUUGGACUUGCGGCGAUGCCGUGUGAACCCGGGUCGGGGCGAGGCGCCGGGUCGCGUGUCCCGAGCUUUUUUGGCACGGUGCGCCUCUGAGGGGGUUUGGCUCCGUUCCGCCCGCCCGCCCGUUCGCGGGGCUGGAUGAAUUCCGAAGGGGACCUUCCUCCGCCCAGGAAGACUCGCCCGCCGUUGCUUCUUCCUCCGAGGGCUCUGACGCCGGAGACGAGCGGCAUGCUCUAGCUUCGCCCGGCCACUGCGGCGGCUCUCCCGACUCGGCGCUGCGCCUCCGCCGGGCCGAACGGGGCGAUGGAAAUGAACAUGAAGAAGUUCACGGUGCGCCGGUUCUUUUCGGUCUAUCUCCGCAAGAAGUCUCGCUCCAAGAGCUCGAGCCUCAGCAGAUUUGAGGAAGAAGGUAUUGUGAAAGAGAUUGACAUCAGUCACCAUGUAAAGGAAGGUUUUGAAAAAGCAGACCCAUCACAAUUUGAGCUGCUGAAAGUAUUAGGGCAAGGCUCAUAUGGAAAGGUGUUUUUAGUGAGGAAAAUCAAGGGAUCUGAUGCUGGGCAGCUCUAUGCAAUGAAGGUACUCAAGAAAGCAACUCUGAAAGUUCGAGACCGUGUUCGAUCAAAAAUGGAAAGAGAUAUAUUGGCAGAAGUGAAUCACCCUUUCAUUGUAAAACUCCAUUAUGCAUUUCAAACUGAAGGAAAGCUAUAUCUUAUACUGGAUUUCCUACGAGGAGGGGACCUUUUCACUAGACUUUCCAAAGAGGUAAUGUUUACAGAAGAAGAUGUAAAGUUUUACUUAGCUGAGCUGGCCUUGGCUUUAGAUCAUCUCCAUGUACUUGGUAUUAUUUACAGGGAUUUGAAACCAGAAAACAUUCUUCUAGAUGAAGAAGGACACAUUAAGAUUACAGAUUUUGGCUUAAGCAAGGAAGCCAUUGACCAUGACAAGAGAGCUUAUUCGUUCUGUGGGACGAUAGAAUAUAUGGCCCCAGAGGUGGUCAACCGGCGAGGGCACACGCAGAGUGCAGACUGGUGGUCCUUUGGUGUUCUAAUGUUUGAAAUGUUGACUGGGUCAUUACCAUUCCAGGGAAAGGACAGGAAAGAGACAAUGGCCCUCAUUCUCAAAGCGAAGCUAGGAAUGCCACAGUUUUUGAGCCUAGAAGCUCAGAGUUUGCUACGAGCUCUUUUCAAGAGGAACCCUUCCAACAGAUUAGGUGCUGGGUUUGAUGGAGUUGAAGAAAUCAAGAGGCAUCCCUUUUUUGCUACUAUAGAUUGGAAUAAGCUAUACAGAAAGGAAAUAAAACCACCUUUUAAACCUGCAGUGGGACGGCCUGAAGAUACCUUUCAUUUUGACCCAGAGUUCACCUCACGAACACCAACAGAUUCCCCUGGUGUACCUCCAAGUGCAAACGCUCAUAAUCUCUUCAGAGGAUUCAGUUUUGUUGCAUCGAACCUGGUGCAGGAACCUCCACAGCAAGAGCUGCAUAAAGUGACCAUUCAUCCAAUCGUCCAGCAGUUACAUGGGAACAAUAUUCACUUUACAGAUGGAUAUGAAAUCAAGGAGGACAUUGGCAUUGGCUCAUAUUCUGUAUGCAAGAGGUGUGUACACAAAGCCACAGAAGCAGAAUUUGCUGUGAAGAUAAUUGAUAAGAGCAAAAGGGAUCCAUCUGAAGAAAUUGAGAUUCUUCUGAGAUAUGGACAGCACCCAAACAUCAUCACUCUCAAAGAUGUCUAUGAUGAUGGAAAAUACGUGUACCUUGUGAUGGAGCUGAUGCGAGGAGGAGAACUCUUAGACCGAAUACUUCGACAGAAGUGCUUCUCAGAACGAGAGGCUAGCGCUGUCCUUUGUACUAUUACCAAGACUGUAGACUAUUUGCAUUCCCAGGGAGUUGUUCAUCGAGAUCUGAAGCCUAGUAAUAUUCUGUAUAUGGAUGAGUCAGGUAACCCAGACUCCAUCAGGAUCUGUGAUUUUGGAUUUGCCAAACAGCUGAGAGCUGAGAAUGGUCUGCUAAUGACACCAUGUUAUACAGCCAAUUUUGUAGCACCUGAGGUCCUGAAGCGACAAGGCUAUGAUGCAGCUUGUGAUAUCUGGAGCUUAGGGAUUCUGUUGUACACCAUGUUAGCAGGAUUCACUCCUUUUGCAAAUGGACCAGAUGAUACUCCAGAGGAGAUUCUGGCUAGAAUUGGGAGUGGAAAAUAUGCACUCACAGGUGGAAACUGGGAUUCAAUAUCUGAUGCAGCUAAGGAUAUUGUAUCAAAGAUGCUUCAUGUAGAUCCCCAUCAACGCUUAACAGCAGCCCAAGUUCUAAGACACCCAUGGAUAAUAAACAGGGAAUAUUUAUCCCAGAAUCAGCUCAGUAGACAGGAUGUUCACCUGGUAAAAGGUGCAAUGGCAGCCACCUACUUUGCUUUAAACCGAACACCUCAGGCACCAAGGCUGGAACCUGUAUUGUCCUCCAACCUGGCCCAGCGAAGGGGGAUGAAGAGACUGACCUCAACGAGGUUGUAACGGUCCCAAAUAAUAUCUGACCAAAAAGAGAAAAAGAAAAAAAAACUAUGUUGUAUGUUGAUCAGAAAGGCUGAUCUGUACUACUAAUUUUGCAGGACUCUGGAAUAUUGUUACAUUGAAUUGCUAGAAUCAGCAGAACUCCAGUAUAAGGCAAAGUUGUCCUUUGCAUUCAGAUUCUUUUUUUUUUCCUUUUCUUUUUUAAAACCAAGAUUUCACGUUAGCAGUUACUCAAAAAUGUGCCAAAUUUUCAAGUGGUGUAUUGCUUCUUAUUUAUGUCUACACUGCUGAAAUCCUGUUCUGUCCCCUUUUUCUUCAAAUGCUAUUUUUGGAAUCUUUUAAAUGCUCAGUAAUACCACUUUUCAUAAGCCCUUUUCGGUAGGAAACAACUGGUUGUGAUUUCAGAGAUCAGUUAUACCAGCAUAUGUCUGUGGCUGAAUUGUCACAGUUAGCAAAUGCACCAAAAACCCAUCAUCAGCUGGAGUAAGGUUCAUCUCCAAAGAGCUAUAUAGAAAACAGUGAUCUGCUAUAAAGGAAAUCCUCUAGACCACGGAUGCUUCCAGAUGAGACUUUUCCUGUGCAAUUACAUUUCCUCCCUCCUGGAAUUUUUGGGAGGUCUAGAUAUUUUCUCUAAUUUUUAGCCUUUCGUACUCCUCCAUCACUGUGCUUUUCCUUUUUUCUUACUAGAAGAACAGCUUUAAGUAAGGGGAAAAUGAUGGAAUAGUUGCACAAGACUGUGUUAGCAGUAGGAGCCCUCCAUCCGGAAGCAUCUCCUAACCAGCAGUAGAGAAAAUUAUUCAGUAAGCAAAGUCUAUGAUAUUUUACCAUGGGUGGAAGUGUGAUGUUGAACUAACAGUGCAAUCCAGUUCAUGUCUGUCCAGACAUAACUACUAUGGAAUUCAGCAGGAUUUAUUUCCAUGUAGAUCGGUAGAUGUGUGUAUAUAUACGAUUGCAGCUUUAGUGUCUUUCAUGACUAUCUUGGCCUCAGUUAAGCAUAAAGUGGUUGAUAAAAUGAGGUAUCUCCUGCAGAGAUCACUGGCAAACUUUAUAUCUGUCUAUUAACCUUAAUUACGUCCUUUGGCCACAACCCAAAACAGGUAUCAGCAGUAGAAAGCUAUGCAUGCUUACUACUCCACAAUAAGUCCCACUGAGUUUAAUUGAGCUUAUGCCCAAGGUAAAUGCAUAAAGGAUAAUACCCUAAGACUUUUGAAAUCAGUGAAUUAGGAGCAACUGGUUCUUACUUGUAUUGUGGUCAUUAUUUUAAGCACUUAGGUUGUUCUUCAUUUCCAGAAUGGAUGUUGUCACUUUCUAGAACUGUGCAAGAGAAACCAGUAGGCUAAAUUGUCUUUUCAUUUGUUUUGGAGGCAGGGGGUGGGAAUGUGAUGACAAAAUAUUGUGUCUUCUGGAUUAUUUUGUCAAGAAGUGAGGUUAUUCUCAUACAAAACAGAGUUUGGGAAAUUCAUGUUAAUUAUGUCUGUACACACAAGACACACACACACACAAGAAAAAGGUUGCAUUAGCUACUGUAAUAUGCUUCUUUGGGUCUGUUUCUGUGUUCAAAAUAUGUUGUUUAUUUUAUUUAUAUUAUUCUUUAUUUUAAAAUUAUAUUUAGUUUCCAUUUUUAUGUGCUAUGCACACAGAAUUGCAGCAGAGUGGUUGCUUCUCAAGUUGGAUUUUUCAAAUAAUAUAAUGCUGUGAAACUCCAUCAUAUAUGCGAGUCGGCUCUAGCGCUACAGGAGACAAGAUAGUAUUGUAGAUCUCAGAAAUCUUGAAUAUGUCAGCCUGUACUUUUAUGCAUUCAGAAAAAACAAGAUGGGGUCGGUGGGGCUUUCUCACCUUUAUAUUCACUUGGUUAUUUAAACAGAGAAACACAGUGCACCUAAAAUCUUCAUGGCUAUAUUCUGCAAAGCUAGGGUAUUUUCACAAACAACUAUACAAUUUCUCUCCUCCAUAAUAUCAUAACUCUAUUUUGCUAAAGGCCUGUUAAUAAGGGACAUAAGCGACUGUGGACUGCUUGUAAAUAUUGGCAUAUUCACUCACAGAUAUCAUGGGAGAAGUUACCUGCCAUUGGUAAACUCUACUUGCUGAUUCAGAUCUGUAGUAAUGUUGGCAGCUUAAAUACAUGUAACAUGCAUUUGAUCAUGAAACACAUACACUAAGAACUACCUGACAUAACUGAGUGAUGUACUCUGCUGGAAGUUUUUAAACCAAGAUUGGAUAGCCUCCUACCCGAGAUGUUCAAGGUACAUUAGUAUUGUAAUUACAUUAUUGUAAUGGACAUAUCAUGUGCCACAGAGUAAUUUCAUUUGUAAUUCAAAGUCUAGCUGGAUUUCACUAGAUGCUGUAUCUGGUGUGUGUUUUCUGUCAUUUCCAGAACACACAUUACUAGCAUUCCAGUUGUUGGAGGAGAGCUGUAGCUCAACAGAAAGAAACUUGCUUGGCACACUGAAGCUCUCAGGUUCAUUCCCAAUUAAGUAUGUUCAGGAAAAGAUUCUGGAGAGUUGCUGCCAGUAGCUGUGGUUAACACUGACUAUAGGAUAGUCAGCUACAGAAAUGGGGGGUUGGCAGCACUACAGACUGCACAAACAAAAUUGGAAGUGGUCAGAGAGCUGCUUUGAGUUUCCAAAAAUGUCUUUUUGAGGUCAAAUACAGUGCAGGGAGGCACAUUUUAUUUUAUUGAACAGUUGUCUUUCCAGAAACUUCUAGACACCUGAUUCUAACCUUUUCAUCUUAUUUUUUUCUGACAAUGAGGGCAAUGUGGGAGAGGUCUGUGGCCUUGGGAGGGCACAUGUGGCACACAGAGGGCAUGAUUCUGACCUUUAAUACAGGUGGAGCAAAUGACUGAUUUAAUAUAAGGUGGCUUCAUAUAUUCCUGCUGCCAUAAUUAUAAUAGAUGUGCAUACUAGUUGUUUUUGUACUCACUUUGGGAAAUGCUCAGUAUACAUGGAUAGAAUGAAAACUGUAUAGACCUGCUAACAUUAUAUACAUAACACAAUGAUACUUCUGCCUAUUUGUCACCUCUGACGUCCGGCGAUCCUAUGAAUGAGCAGUCUCCAAAAUGUGUUGUCCUUAAUAGCCCUGCUCAGCUGUUGUGAACUC